CAUUUUUGGGGACAAAAUAUGAAUUCAUACAGCUGACUUGCAAAGCAUGUCUAAGAAUAAGCUCUAAGGUCCUUGAAAUCAACAUUUAAAGAUAUCACUGAUUAUUAAGUUGCAUGUGAACUAUACAGAAGUAUGAUCAUUUCUGACCAUUUCAACCUGUGAAUCAAUGAAAAACUGGCUUUAUUAUAUGUUAUUUAUAGGGCUGCAAUUAAUGAUUGUUUUGAUAAUCAAUUUUUUUUUGUCAGUUAAUCGAUUAAUAAUCGGAUAGCAAAAGGUGCUUAACAGGAAUUUGAACCAGGUGAAGCGAAAGCUAAGCGAGGAGUUAUGGAUAGAGCAUAUUCACCGAGAAAGGAAGAAAGUUUUUCAUCUUAAAUACAAAUUGUAUAUAUUUUUUUGUACAAGUUUGGCCUAAUUACUGCUCUAAGUGGGUUCUUCUUUUAGCAAUUUACUCCAGUUAACGAUAAUUUGAUUUCUAAAUUAGUUGACGAUUAUUUUAAUAAUAGAUUAAUAACGAUUAAUUGUUUCAGCCCUAGUUAUUUGUUACAGGUGUAUAAGGUUUCUAGAGCUGUAAGGGGAGCUGUGGAUAUAUGCAGUGAUAGUUUGCUGAAGAAAUUAGUGAAGAUUACUAUUACAUGAAUGUGCAUCUAUUAUGAUCUUUAAAUCUGCAGGUGAGAUAAGAGCAGUGGGACCAGUUCAUGGGAUUGGAAGUCAGACAGCUAGGGGGCUGGUGCACAAAUGACUCAGUUCUGAAUAAGGAAUGAUCCUCUCGUUCCGGAGGUCAUGACCUGAACACAAAAGCCUCAGCAUCAGCAGCCGUGCAGGAGAGAAAGUGGAAGGCAUUUAAUUCAUCAGAGUACAGCUCUCCGAUGACUAGCAUCUCGCAUCGUUCUGCAAAGCUGUGGUUCAGUAGCGGUUUUUGACCAGGACUGAACUGUAUUAUGAGGGUUUUAAAUCUAUCAUUAUUAUGUGAUCUAUAUAUGUUUUUGUUUUUUUUUUUUUUUUUGUGCGUGAGGCAUCAUGAGGAGGGGUUCGCCCAGGGCACCAUUCAUGCAAGACCCACCGCUGCGCAUCAUGAUACUCCAAGCUGCAAUAUAGCAGAGAAGACAGUGAAUGGGACUGAAAAAGUAUUUAAAAUGUCUCCAGAAUAUGUUUCAGAGCUGCUGCAGGAACAGGGCUGUAAAAAUUUCAUUUUUCGAUUGUGCUACCCGUUAGAUACACAAUUAAAAGGAAAUACAUUGAUUUCAAUAUUAUUAAAUAUUGGACCUAGUUGUAGCGACGAUCAGCGGCCAACUCUUGCUUAGCUACAGCCCUGAUGAGCGUUUACGAAACCACGUAAAAUAAUUAUUAAUUAACAAGCAAAUAGUUUGAUCGCGUCAGGAGAAAUGGAUAGACUAGUUAAAUGUUGAUUACUGUUAAUAUAUAAAUACAUACUCAACGUCGGUUGUUUUGUUUGGCCGCGCUCCCAAUUAGCCAUUCUCUUGAUAACCUCAUAUUCAAAUGCUGUGUUUGUCAUCUUUACCAGGUUUUCACACGUACGUGAACGCAUCUCGGUCAUCGACGCUGUCCGUAUUCCUCACGCGGCGUCUCUCUGCGGCCAUGGUAACACUUUGCUCGACGUUGGACUGCUAAUUCAUCAAAUACCUCAGCAACAGUCGCUUUUUAUGCAGGUAUAAGUAACGCUUUCCCCCCGAAAAGUACUGUUAAAACCACAGUGCACGCUGUUGAUAAAGCAUGAAUUUGGCAGAGAUAUGUGACAACGCCAAGAAGGGCCGUGAGUAUGCCCUGCUCGGAAACUAUGACUCCUCCGUGGUGUACUACCAGGGCGUGAUUCAGCAGAUCCACAAGCACUCUCAGUCCAUCAGAGAUCCAGCUCUGAAAGUUAAAUGGCAGCAGCUCAGACAGGAAUUGACUGAGGAAUAUGAACAGGUGAAAAGCAUCAUGGGAACACUUGAGAGCUUUAAGUCCGAGAAGCCCGUCGACAUCCUUGUCCCUCAGCCAGAGGAGCGACCAGAGGAUCCACUAGUUUGGCCCCCACCCAUCCCAGCAGAACACAGGAAUCCUGUUGUAGCAAAAAGGCCUAGCAGUGCAUUGAAGCAGCAGAGGAAGGAGUCUCCUGGUCUACAGCACCGAGGAGCAGGAGGACGCGCUCAGGCCAACCCUAAAGCAGAACGGCAGGGAAACCGAGACGCCCGGGCUGCAAAGGCCAAAGAUGAUAAGGGUAAAAGAGUGGAUUCUUUGGGGGAUGGAGAACAGAAGAAGUUUGAUGGUACUGGAUAUGACAGUGACUUGGUGGACUCACUAGAGAGAGACAUAGUCUCCCGCAAUCCUAAUGUACACUGGGAUGAUAUUGCUGAUUUAGAAGAUGCUAAGAAGCUUCUGAGAGAAGCCGUAGUGCUGCCCAUGUGGAUGCCUGACUUCUUCAAAGGGAUUCGUCGACCAUGGAAGGGCGUACUAAUGGUCGGCCCACCAGGCACAGGAAAGACCAUGUUAGCCAAAGCUGUGGCCACAGAAUGUGGGACUACUUUCUUCAAUGUGUCCUCCUCCACCCUCACCUCCAAAUACCGGGGCGAGUCUGAGAAACUUGUCCGUCUGCUGUUUGAAAUGGCCAGAUUUUACGCUCCAACAACCAUCUUCAUAGAUGAAAUCGACUCCAUCUGUGGCAGAAGAGGGACGUCCGAUGAACAUGAAGCCAGCCGGCGUGUCAAAUCAGAACUUCUGAUUCAGAUGGACGGUGUUGGUGGAGCCUUGGAGAAUGAUGACCCCUCUAAAAUGGUGAUGGUGCUCGCUGCCACAAACUUUCCCUGGGACAUCGAUGAGGCGUUACGGCGGCGGCUGGAGAAGCGGAUCUACAUCCCCCUGCCCACAGCUAUUGGCCGUGUGGAGCUUUUAAAGAUCAACCUGAAGGAGGUGGAGUUGGCUCCUGAUGUCAACCUAGACAUCAUAGCUGAAAAGAUUGAGGGAUACUCAGGAGCAGACAUCACUAACGUCUGCAGAGAUGCAUCCAUGAUGGCCAUGCGUCGUCGAAUCCAAGGCCUGAGCCCCGAGGAGAUACGAGCCCUGUCUAAAGAUGAGCUGCAGAUGCCUGUCACCAUGGAGGAAUUUACUCUGACUCUGAAGAAGAUCUCAAAAUCAGUCUCUGCUGCAGACCUGGAAAAAUAUGAAGCCUGGAUGGCUGAGUUUGGCUCAGUAUAGAAAAAAGAUUCACACAGUUGGACCAGAGGGUUGACAAGAAAAUUCACAACUAUGAGGUGUUAAGACUUUGAAGAGGAUGGGAACUUCAGUGUGUGAGCCAAUAAGCACAUCAGGGAUGUUGGAGUUCACAUCAGAAGCCUGGCAUCUUUGAGAGAGCAUCAUGAAAACUUUAAGAAGCUCCGCUUCUGCUUUUUCCACUAUAUGUAUCCAGAUAAAGACCAAUUCCAUCUUACUCCUGGUUAACUUUAGGGAUGUCAGUUUUAUUAAGCUGAACAUUUCUGACCCAAGAAACAUAAUAGUCAUUGUAGGAAAAAUAUAUUUGUUUUUGUAAAACGUUCCUUUUAGGCUCCAAUCCUGUGCAGCCCUCUGUCAAAACGAAAGAGGAAAAAUAAAACAUCUAUUCCACAGAGCAUCAGGCCUGACGAAUGAGAAAACAUUUCAAAUAAAGUGGUCAGCUUUGCGUUUGCAAGAUGUUCUCAGUUUUUAAAAAUAGGGUACAGUUUAUGUAGCAUAAUUCAACAUUGUUCUCAGACUAAAGUAUUGUAAUUAUUACUGUUAGUAACUUAAAUCUGUUGUAUUCGUAAGAAAUCUAUAUUUCAGCACUUUAAACGUAUAUUCUUAAAAGCUCAGUUGACACAUGCUGACUGAACACUUACAUUUUAGUGCUGUGUUUCUGCUUUGUUGACUGAUUGUGUUUUUUGUGGAUUUUUAUAUUUGCCUGCUGUUUUAGAUGAACUUUGGACAAACAUGCAGAUUUUUCUUCUUUAAAAUAAAAUAUAAAAUGAA